AUAUUGUCCCCGCCCUCCAUAUCAUGUGAUUCAGGUGUUCCAAUCCCCUCCAUAUCAUGUGAUUCAGGUGUUCCAAUCCCCUCCCAAUCAUGUGAUUCAGGUGUUCCAAUCCCCUCCAUGUCAUGUGAUUCAGGUGUUCCAAUCCCCUCCAUGUCAUGUGAUUCCGGUGUUCCAAUCCUCUCCAUAUCAUGUGAUUCAGGUGUUCCAAUCCCCUCCAUAUCAUGUGAUUCAGGUGUUCCAAUCCCCUCCAUAUCAUGUGAUUCAGGUGUUCCAAUCCCCUCCAUAUCAUGUGAUUCAGGUGUUCCAAUCCCCUCCAUAUCAUAUGAUUCAGGUGCUCCAAUCCCCUCCCAAUCAUGUGAUUCGUAUGUUCCAAUCCCCUCCAUAUCAUGUGAUUCAGGUGUUCCAAUCCCCUCCAUAUCAUGUGAUUCAGGUGUUCCAAUCCCCUCCAUAUCAUGUGAUUCAGGUGUUCCAAUCCCCUCCAUGGACACAGGUGUAUACAAUCAA